CAAAAGUCUCGCGAGAUCGUGAUCACUUCCUCUUUGCGCGGAACCAGCUUCCAAGAUGUCGCUCGUCAUUCCAGAGAAGUUCCAGCACAUUCUUCGUGUUCUCAACACGAACAUCGACGGACGGCGUAAAAUCGCCUUUGCCAUCACCGCCAUCAAGGGUGUGGGACGGAGAUAUGCUCACGUCGUCCUGAGGAAAGCUGAUAUUGACCUGAGCAAAAGGGCUGGAGAGCUGACUGAUGAUGAGGUCGAGCGGGUGGUGACCAUCAUGCAGAACCCUCGCCAGUACAAAAUCCCUGACUGGUUCCUCAACAGACAGAAGGAUAUAAAAGACGGCAAAUACAGCCAGGUCCUUGCUAACGGUUUGGACAACAAAUUGAGAGAAGAUCUGGAGAGACUGAAGAAGAUCAGGGCUCACCGUGGUCUCCGUCACUUCUGGGGUCUGCGUGUGCGUGGUCAGCACACGAAGACCACCGGUCGCCGUGGUCGUACCGUGGGUGUGUCCAAGAAGAAGUAAACGUAAAAUAAAACUCCUUAGUUCACACA